AUGGGCGACGUGGAGGUGGCCGCGCUGGUGGUGGACAACGGCAGCGGCAUGUGCAAGGCAGGAUUCGCCGGGGACGACGCCCCGCGCGCCGUCUUCCCCUCCAUCGUUGGCCGCCCCAAGAUGCCGGGCAUCAUGGUGGGCACGGACCAGAAGGAUUCCUACAUUGGCGAUGAGGCCCAGUCCAAGCGGGGUAUCCUAACCCUGAAAUACCCCAUCGAGCACGGCAUCGUCACGAACUGGGAUGACAUGGAGAAGAUCUGGCACCACACCUUCUACAACGAGCUGCGGGUCUCUCCGGAGGAGCACCCGGUGCUCCUGACGGAGGCCCCCCUGAACCCGAAGGCCAACCGUGAGCGCAUGACGCAGGUCAUGUUCGAAACCUUCAAUGUUCCUGCCAUGUACGUGGCCAUCCAGGCGGUGCUUUCCCUUUACUCCUCCGGCCGCACCACGGGCAUCGUCAUGGACAGCGGCGACGGGGUCUCGCACACGGUGCCGAUCUACGAGGGCUAUUCGCUGCCCCACGCCAUCCUCCGAUUGGACCUGGCGGGCCGUGACCUCACAGAGUACAUGAUGAAGAUCCUGACCGAGCGCGGCCACUCCUUCACCACCACGGCCGAGCGUGAGAUCGUCCGCGACGUCAAGGAGAAGCUGUGCUACGUCGCCUUGGACUACGACAGCGAAACCAAGGCGGCCAGCGAGAGCAGUGACAAGGAGAAGACGUACGAGCUUCCGGAUGGACGGGUUAUUGCCGUUGGUGCCGAGCGCUUCCGCUGCCCGGAGGUUCUGUUCCAGCCCAGCUUCCUAGGCAAGGAGGCCAGCGGCAUCCACGACACAACGUUUCAGUCCAUCAUGAAGUGCGAUGUGGACAUCCGCAAGGACCUCUACUCCAACAUCGUGCUGUCCGGUGGCAGCACCAUGUUCCAGGGCAUCGGCGAGCGAAUGACUAAGGAGCUGACGGCCCUGGCGCCCUCCACCAUGAAGAUCAAGGUGGUGGCCCCCCCGGAGCGCAAGUACAGUGUGUGGAUCGGAGGCUCCAUCCUGUCCUCCCUGAGCACCUUCCAGCAGAUGUGGAUCUCCAAGGGCGAGUACGAUGAGAGCGGCCCGACCAUCGUUCACCGCAAGUGCCUGUUUCCCAGCCGUGCGCCAGAACUUGGCGUGCGCUGUUGCAGCUUCUGUACAGCAACGGGCUGCGACUGGGGCCCGGGCGGCCAGGGAUCGCUCGGCGUGGUAGCUGGCAACGCUGAGAUGCCCUGGAAACAAGACGAGGUCAAGUUCUGCCUUUUGCGCCGUGCCGUGGCAGCUUGUACAGCUCUUGGUGGCGAGACCCGCUCUCCUCCGUCGACUCCUUUCCUGCAAGCCAUGGGCGACGUGGAGGUGGCCGCGUUGGUGGUGGACAACGGCAGCGGCAUGUGCAAGGCGGGAUUCGCUGGGGACGACGCCCCGCGCGCCGUCUUCCCCUCCAUCGUUGGCCGCCCCAAGAUGCCGGGCAUCAUGGUGGGCACGGACCAGAAGGAUUCCUACAUUGGCGAUGAGGCCCAGUCCAAGCGGGGUAUCCUAACCCUGAAAUACCCCAUCGAGCACGGCAUCGUCACCAACUGGGAUGACAUGGAGAAGAUCUGGCACCACACCUUCUACAACGAGCUGCGGGUCUCUCCGGAGGAGCACCCGGUGCUCCUGACGGAGGCCCCCCUGAACCCGAAGGCCAACCGUGAGCGCAUGACGCAGGUCAUGUUCGAAACCUUCAAUGUUCCUGCCAUGUACGUGGCCAUCCAGGCGGUGCUUUCCCUUUACUCCUCCGGCCGCACCACGGGCAUCGUCAUGGACAGCGGCGACGGGGUCUCGCACACGGUGCCGAUCUACGAGGGCUAUUCGCUGCCCCACGCCAUCCUCCGUUUGGACCUGGCGGGCCGUGACCUCACAGAGUACAUGAUGAAGAUCCUGACCGAGCGCGGCCACUCCUUCACCACCACGGCCGAGCGUGAGAUCGUCCGCGACGUCAAGGAGAAGCUGUGCUACGUCGCCUUGGACUACGACAGCGAAACCAAGGCGGCCAGCGAGAGCAGUGACAAGGAGAAGACGUACGAGCUUCCGGAUGGACGGGUUAUUGCCGUUGGUGCCGAGCGCUUCCGCUGCCCGGAGGUGCUGUUCCAGCCCAGCUUCCUAGGCAAGGAGGCCAGCGGCAUCCACGACACAACGUUUCAGUCCAUCAUGAAGUGCGAUGUGGACAUCCGCAAGGACCUCUACUCCAACAUCGUGCUGUCCGGUGGCAGCACCAUGUUCCAGGGCAUCGGCGAGCGAAUGACUAAGGAGCUGACGGCCCUGGCGCCCUCCACCAUGAAGAUCAAGGUGGUGGCCCCCCCGGAGCGCAAGUACAGUGUGUGGAUCGGAGGCUCCAUCCUGUCCUCCCUGAGCACCUUCCAGCAGAUGUGGAUCUCCAAGGGCGAGUACGAUGAGAGCGGCCCGACCAUCGUUCACCGCAAGCCUGUUUCCCAGCCGUGCGCCAGAACUUGGCGUGCGCUGUUGCAGCUUCUGUACAGCAACGGGCUGCGACCGGGCGGCCAGGGAUCGCUCGGCGUGGUAGCUGGCAACGCUGAGAUGCCCUGGAAACAAGACGAGGUCAAGUUCUGCCUUUUGCGCCGUGCCGUGGCAGCUUGUACAGCUCUUGGUGGCGAGACCCGCUCUCCUCCGUCGGCUCCUUUCCUGCAAGCCAUGGGCGACGUGGAGGUGGCCGCGUUGGUGGUGGACAACGGCAGCGGCAUGUGCAAGGCGGGAUUCGCUGGGGACGACGCCCCGCGCGCCGUCUUCCCCUCCAUCGUUGGCCGCCCCAAGAUGCCGGGCAUCAUGGUGGGCACGGACCAGAAGGAUUCCUACAUUGGCGAUGAGGCCCAGUCCAAGCGGGGUAUCCUAACCCUGAAAUACCCCAUCGAGCACGGCAUCGUCACCAACUGGGAUGACAUGGAGAAGAUCUGGCACCACACCUUCUACAACGAGCUGCGGGUCUCUCCGGAGGAGCACCCGGUGCUCCUGACGGAGGCACCCCUGAACCCGAAGGCCAACCGUGAGCGCAUGACGCAGGUCAUGUUCGAAACCUUCAAUGUUCCUGCCAUGUACGUGGCCAUCCAGGCGGUGCUUUCCCUUUACUCCUCCGGCCGCACCACGGGCAUCGUCAUGGACAGCGGCGACGGGGUCUCGCACACGGUGCCGAUCUACGAGGGCUAUUCGCUGCCCCAUGCCAUCCUCCGUUUGGACCUGGCGGGCCGUGACCUCACAGAGUACAUGAUGAAGAUCCUGACCGAGCGCGGCCACUCCUUCACCACCACGGCCGAGCGUGAGAUCGUCCGCGACGUCAAGGAGAAACUGUGCUACAUCGCCUUGGACUACGACAGCGAAACCAAGGCGGCCAGCGAGAGCAGUGACAAGGAGAAGACGUAUGAGCUUCCGGAUGGACGGGUUAUUACCGUUGGUGCCGAGCGCUUCCGCUGCCCGGAGGUGCUGUUCCAGCCCAGCUUCCUAGGCAAGGAGGCCAGCGGCAUCCACGACACAACGUUUCAGUCCAUCAUGAAGUGCGAUGUGGACAUCCGCAAGGACCUCUACUCCAACAUCGUGCUGUCCGGUGGCAGCACCAUGUUCCAGGGCAUCGGCGAGCGAAUGACUAAGGAGCUGACGGCCCUGGCGCCCUCCACCAUGAAGAUCAAGGUGGUGGCCCCCCCGGAGCGCAAGUACAGUGUGUGGAUCGGAGGCUCCAUCCUGUCCUCCCUGAGCACCUUCCAGCAGAUGUGGAUCUCCAAGGGCGAGUACGAUGAGAGCGGCCCGACCAUCGUUCACCGCAAGUGCUUCUGA